ACAUCAAGGUCUUUUGUAAUAUUUGAAAUAGUGUUUUAGCGAUAUAUUGCUUAAUAGAAAACAUGUUUUCAUACUGGAGUAAAAAGAGUAUGGCAAAAAAAACGGAGCAACAUCCAGAAAUGAAACCAUCAACAGAAGAAAAAUUGUAUUGCGAAAAUAUAACUACAGAUACAGCUUCAGAACGUAUCCUAGAAUUUCAGGACUUUUUAAGGCGCGUGCAGACAUUACAGAUGUCACAAAAUGAACAGCACGAUGAAGAAAGUAAUCAGAAUUCGAUGGCAAUUGAAGUUGGCGAGGAACCUUCAACCACAAUUUGUUCUGAAAACGAUAAAAUGAACAUUAGAUCCUUAUAUCCUUAUUCAAUGCCCCUGUCAUCGCAGAUUUUCUGUGAAUCUACCAAAAAUAUUCGUGUCACAGUUGGCAUUGACAAAGACUUAGAAAUGAUUCUAGAAAUGGAUCCAAGUAUUGUUGAUUUUGAUGACACUCAAGUUAUAGAACCGCGUAUAGUGGGUCUUCCUCCACUUUCGGGUGGACCCACAUUUAAAACAGCCACACCCACAUCCCGAACUCAACUGAAACUUCAGUUACAACGAGAACAACAUCAGCAGCAACAACAACAGCAACAGAUGACAAUGCAACAAAUAAUACUUGACUCAGAUUCAAAAAUGCAUUUGAUGUUGGGAUCAACUGAAACGGAAUUUAUAGAUAGCUGCAGCACUAGCGCCUGUGGCAGUGGAUCAUCGAGUUUAGAACAGAUGUCACAAUUAGUGCAAAAUGAUCGCUCAAGUCCUGUUAAAUUGAAGGUUCCUCUUCAAAGUAUUGGGGUAGAUGUACCACCGCAAGUGCUGCAGGUCAGUACAGUGCUAGAAAAUCCCACAAGAUAUCAUGUCAUACAAAAGCAGAAGAACCAAGUGCGACAAUAUCUGAGUGAAUCUUUUAAACCUUCUAUUUGGGGCUGCAAUAACAGUGACAUGAAAAUGGCCAAUAACUCAGCAUCUGCUGGCAAUCUACAGCAGCCUUCCUCCUUAGAAUGUGAUAUAGCUAUGAAUGUUAAACAUAGUUCAAAUGGACAUUCCGCCGACGAUUCAAUGCAAAUUUCACCAUUUGGUUGCAAUUAUUUACGAAGUGAUAAAUGUAAUCCCAAUGAACAAAAUUGUUCAUUGGGAAGUAUUAAUAAUAACACCACCGGAGAAUCAUCCCCAGCAAUUGUUAGUAAAACUAAUCAGAUGGGGCUGGUUAAGGCUAAUUCAAGCAUAGCCUCUUCUACAAAUGCGGUACGUCUCUCAUCCGGAAUAAUUAAUUCUAUAAGAAGUACCGGAAGUUCGUUGCAAUCCACAUCGGCACCCAUAUCGCCCAGCUUAAGCUCGGUGGCUACUAGUGCAUCAGAACUUCCUUCGUUCGACAGCGAUCCAGAUGAUCUCUUCGAUGAUAUUUUGCAAAAUGAUUCCUUUAACUUUGAUCAAAACUUCAACUCGGAAUUAUCAAUUAAACAAGAGCCACAAAGUUUAACGGACGCAGAAAUAAAUGCAAUGCAGAAGGAUCGACAAAAGAAGGAUAAUCAUAACAUGAUUGAACGAAGGCGACGCUUCAAUAUUAAUGACCGAAUCAAGGAGCUCGGCACCCUUUUGCCCAAGGGGAGUGAGGCUUUUUAUGAAGUGGUUCGCGAUAUUCGGCCCAAUAAGGGGACCAUUUUAAAGUCCUCCGUUGAUUACAUUAAAUGUUUGAAACAUGAGGUAGCUCGCUUAAGGCAAAAUGAGUGCCGUCAGCGGCAAGUGGAACUUCAGAAUCGGAAACUUAUGACACGAAUAAGGGAUCUGGAAAUGCAGGCCAAGUCUAUUUCCGAUUAUCAAUUCAAAUCCGUAUCAGUAUCAGCGCCUACGCAAGCCAAUGUAUAUCUCAAAAGCUCCGGCUUGUCGCCAAAUGUCUCACAAAGUCGUCGUUCGCUUGUGGAAAAUCAACGGAUGGAGAUCAAUACUAACGACGUGAAUUCGGGGAUGAAUCAGAUUGACGAACUAAUGGAGGAUUGUAAGCAUCCGGUGCAAGGCGGUGACCCAAUGCUGUCAUCACAUAGUCACAUGCUGUCAUCGAUGUUACCUUCGCAUAAUUUUAAACCAAAGAGCGGUGUUUCGGAGGCGAAUGUUUUAUUUAAAGCCCACAGCAGCAAGGGAAAUAUGGUAGAUGACUGUACAUCGUGCUAUAACAGCCUGAAUCAUCAUAAAUACGAGAGUUGUCAACACAAAUUAAAGGAUUCUGUUAAGAAUUCUGAAUUUGGAAGUGUACAUAAUCAUGAGUCCCUGCUAUUAUCAUCAUCUUCCCAACAGCAGCUUUGUGAGCAGAGUUCCACCGAUUUGUCUGGAGGUUUGAUGACUGAUGAUCUUUCAUCUUUAGUAGAUGAUAGCCAUAGCGAGCCAAUGCUUCUUACGCCUGAAACGUUAGAAAUUGACUUAUAAAUAUACCUGUACUUCGUUUACCGGUAUCCAAAGGAUACAAGGGUAUUAUAGCUUAGGGCCAACCAAGAAUGCAAGUAAUAAACAGAGGGAAUCAUCACCGA